AUGUUUCAGGAUGCAUUCUCAUCAAUUAUCGCUCGUGACUCAUUCUAUUGUCCUGAAAUCGAAAUCUUCUAUGCAGUCAAGAAGUGGCAUGAGUUUCAUUACCGCGAUGAAGAUGCUAACUGGAAACCGUUGGAAAAUAUCGUUUCCAAGGUGCGUCUAACCUUAAUGACCAUGAACGAACUUCUAAAAAUUGUUCGAUAUUCGAAUUUAUUUGAUUUAAAUCAUUUAAUGGACGCGAUCGAUUCGAUUAACGAUGAGACGAAAACAUCUGUUAAUAAUACGAAUACGAGCGAUGAAGUGACCAAUCAGAAUGAAAAUAAUAAAGAUUUAUACAUAAAGCGCAGCAAAAACUAUCGAGGAAGAUUAAGAUUAGACGAGAAUAUUGCUACAAAAACACACCAUGCACAAGUAACAGAUGGAGAAAUGAAACAUGCAUUACUCGAUGGAGAUGUCACAAAUUACGAUUUGGAUCGUGGUUUUACUAGACAUCCAAUUGAUGAUAUGCGUUGUAUCUGUGUGAAAUUAGAUGGACCAUCGAUUAUCAACCAUAUCAAAUUAUUACUGUGGGAUAAAGAUACUCGUGCAUAUUCGUAUUAUAUCGAAGUAUCGGUUGACGAUGUGAAUUGGACGAGAAUCAUUGACUACCGUGCAUAUCUGUGCCGUUCAUGGCAAAAGUUAUAUUUUGCACCGAUAGUUGUAACGUCCAUUCGAGUGGUCGGAACACAUAAUACUGUAAAUAAAGUCUUUCAUCUUGUUUCAUUAGAAGUCUAUUAUGUUCAAAAACCAUUUGCAUUAGUUGGAGAUGUAUAUGCACCAGUUGAUAAUGUCGCAACAUUAGAAGCGAGUGCGAUCGUACCCGAAGGAGUAAGUCGUGUACGAAAUGCAUUGAUCAAUGGGGAUUAUCUGUCCUACGAUUGGGAUUCGGGUUAUACAUGUCAUCAACUUGGCUCAGGUGGUAUUGUAAUUCAAUUAUGUCAACCACAUGUGAUCAGUUCGAUGAGGCAAGCAUCGACAUUGUUGCUUUGGGAUUGCGAUAAUCGUUCGUAUUCGUAUUACAUCGAAACCUCGUAUGACAAUGUUACCUGGACAAAAGCUGUGGAUAAACAAACAAUUGAAUGCAGUUCAUGGGAAAUUCUCACAUUUUCUCCUCGUAUUGUCGUCUACAUUCGUAUAUGUGGAACACAUAACACUGCCAACGAAGUUUUUCAUUGUGUACAUUUCGAAUGUCCAUGUCGGCCUGACGUACUCAAAACUUAUAUGAAUGAAGAAACAUCGAUUGAUACAAUAGACGAUCAAGGAGAAAACAGUGUCACAUACAAAGAAUUCUACAAAUUUUUCGAACCAGUGCUCAGUGCGUCGACAACGAACAGCUCUCAAUUCAUCACUGACAAUGGUUCAUUAAUUCCAACACAUACUUUAUUACCAUUUACGAUCAGACCAUCCUCGGCAUCAGUCUUUCUUCUGGAAAAAAAAACUGACGAAAAUAGUCUUCUCUAA